AUGUAUGAACAAAUGGGUUCUAUGACUGACGACAUCCCCCGACGCUGCUCACUUCCCUCUCUGAAAUCCACCACGUUCGGCACCUCCAGCUCCAACAUGGGCGAGGACCGCCGCCUGCCUCCCCUGCCUCGCAUGGAGCCGUUGCCUCGCGGGCCCUUCAACCCCUUCAAGGCCAAGGAUGCAUUUGCUCCCAGCACCCCCGGACCCCAGGACACCUUCCAGUUCAAGUCCCCAUGGUCCAACGGCGAACAGAUCGUGGCUCCUCCCUCGCCCGCCAACUCCGCCGAGAGCUCCUGGCAGGAAUCCUUCGUCGCUCAGAAAACGACAUCUUCCGAGUGGCCCAAUGAUCUCUCUCAGGCCGAGAUCAUGAGCCUAAUCGCCCCGCAAAAACAUCAACCCGAGAAGCACCGCAUUGCCGAGGGCAACCGCCGCCAGAACCUGAGCCAGCUGCACCGCGAGCUCGACAGCCGCAUCCACGACUUCUUCCUGGAGCGUGCGGGCUGGAACCCCUCCAAGAGCCUGCCGCAAUCCAAGGAGCAUAUCGUGCAGGGCGCCGUCUACCUGAUUGACUUCAUGCUGGCCAUCAUCGUGCACCUGAUCCGCCAGGAACAAGUGACUCCCCAACUAUCCGAGAAGCUGCAGCCCCAGGUUCGCUGCAUGCAGCUGCAGCAGCUAGUCUCCAACCUCCAGCAACAGAACCAAACUACCCAGCAACAACUGCGCGCCGCCAAGACCGAGAACGAGAUGCUGGCAGACCGCAACCGCGCCCUUGAGUUCCAACUCAAGCAAUACGAGCAGAUGUUCCGCUCCCCCAAGACCGAAAACACCUCCCCCAAGCCCCUGAUUGAUGUCCCCGAGCACAAGCGCCAGAAGAAGGCUGGCCUGCCCGGCCUGCGGGUCUUCUGCGACGAAAUCGCUGCCGCCAACCUCUCCCCUGCCGACGUGCACACCCCAGCUCAAAGCCACUUCGGCCACCACGAUCCUCUCUCCAGUGCCACCUCUCAGACUUUCGGCACCUCCUACCUCAACUCGACGCCGCCGAUGACCAACCCGUCAUCCCCGGCUUUUCCUCCCUCCCAAUCAUCCUCAUUCACCUACUCCACCUCGCGUCGCCAGUCCUUCCUGGCCUCGCCCUGA